AUGGAGCAAGCAAAGACUUUCACCAGAGCGUUCAAGUCUCGCGAAGCUUUCAAGGCACUCGUUCAGACAGAUGCGGCGGAUUCGCCUUCCAAUCGUUGGAUAAACAAUGAUCUUCGACCAACUCCUCCAGAACGACGGACCUGGACAUGGUACCACCUUCCUCUAUUCUGGUCUGGCUUAGCUUUCGGCACGACAGGAUGGAACAUUGCGAGCUCCCUGAUCGCAGUUGGUCUCCAAUGGAAAUAUGCUCUCGCUUCGGCUCUCAUUGGAAGUGCUAUAGCGGGUGUUGUUGUUACGCUUUUGGCUCGCUCUGGUGCUCGGUACCAUAUAGGAUACCCUGUGUUCCUUCGCUCAGUCAUGGGAAUGUACGGCUCAUGGCUGUUCGUCUUCCUGCGCUUAAUGACCGGUCUCUUUUGGUUUGGGAUACAGACCUACUCGGGUGCGAACCUAAUAUCUACCUGUCUGCUGUGCAUGUUUGGACACCGCUGGAGGGACCUUCGCAACACGUUGCCAGAGUCGGCAGACAUCUCAACGAAGCAGCUGAUUUGUUUCAUCAUCGCCUGGCUUCUACAGGUGCCAUUUUUCUUUGUCCACCCUUCCAAGAUUCAGUGGUUCUUCACCUUCAAAGGUAUCAUCAUGCCAAUUGCCACCUUUGGGCUGUUCGGAUGGUGCAUGGCCGAAGGGAGUGGAAUCAGCACCAUCGACAACGAACUGACGAAACCCGCCGACGGCGUGCCACUUGGAUGGGCUAUCGUUGCUGGCAUCAAUACCAUCAUGGGAUCUCUGGCCUCUUUGAUAGUCACACAACCUGACCUCUCGCGAUACUGCCGCAAAGUCUCGGAUGCGGGUUGGCUCCAAGGCAUGUGUGUCUUCAUCUCGAAAUGUCUGGUGUUCUUCCUUGGUCUAGCGGCAACUGCGAGCAUCCAGGGAGUCUGGGGAAAGGCUUACUGGAACAUCUGGGAUUUGUUGGACGCAAUUCUGGACCACCACUGGACCGCAGGUGCGAGAUGUGCCGUCUUUCUGGUGGCCUUUGCCUUUUACUGCUCAGCAAUCGGGUCGAACAUCGGGACGAAUACCAUAGCCUUCGGUGCCGACCUUACUGGCAUCGUUCCGAAAUACAUGACGAUUGUCCGAGGACAGGUCCUUUGUUGUGUCCUCGGAAUCCUCAUGGUUCCGUGGAAAAUCCUGGCUUCGGCCGAAGCGUUUGUGACCUUCCUUGGUUCAAUGCCAAUCUUCUUCGGUCCAUUGGCUGCAUUGAUGAUUGUCGAUUACUACUGGGUGAGACGAGGCAAUCUUCACACCCCCUCUCUCUACAAGGGCAACAAAGGAGACAUCUACUACUUCACCAAAGGCUUCAACCUGCGCGGAUACGUUGCAUGGCUUGCUGGUUUCCUGUUCGGUCUCCCGGGGAUGGUUGGGCGAUUUCACCCCAACGCCGUGAACGAGGCUGCAAAAAACAUGUAUCGCAUGGGUUGGUUUUUGACCUUCACGGUGGCCGGCGUGAUAUUCGCCGUCCUUGCCUACUUCUUCCCAGUCCGGAUUUAUCCAGACGGCCAUGCCGACACGCCGACCACAUUUGAGUACCUAGGCAAAAGGGACGGGUUUUUCGACGAUGACGUGGAUGAUGAUCUCGCUGGAGGCAUUGAGGGAGUCGAAGCUGUGAAGGAUAAGGCUCCUGUUGUUUCCGAAGAGAAAUUCUAG